CUCCUCCUCUCUCUCUCUCUCUCUCUCUCUCUCUCUUCUCCAGAUUUAGAUUAAAAACAAAGCUCUCUCUCAACCUCUUUUUUUCCCUCUCUCUCUCUCUCUCUCUCUCUCUCUCUCUCUCUCUCUCACUCUCUCUCCCCUCUUCUUCUUCUUUCGGAGUCUGGCUUUGGGGAGAAAAAAAGAGAAAAGAAAGCCUUUUAGUUUCGCCCCUGUCUCUGUGCGUUGCAGGAGGAAGGAGGUUUUUGCUGGCCGUUCCGGAUGGAGGUGUGUGUUUGUUUUCGCGGCUCGUUGGCUGCUUUUUGAACAAGGACGAGGCAGGGACGGCUGGAUGUGAUUCUUCGGACCUCACACUGCUUCAGUUACACUCAUCCGAGAGAGGCAGAGAGGGAGAGAGAGGUGAGAAAAACUGAGACUGUGGCUCCCCAAAGGAGAAAAAGGGGAAAUCCAGUGAGAAGUGGAAGUAUAAGACCUGUUUUCUUGAUAUUUUCUGGACGUUUUCAUUGGAUGCUCUGAGUGACCGUGAAGCAGAAGCUCCAGGCUCUGGAGCUUUGAGGGUUCUGGGCUCUGUCCGGUCCAGGACAGAACCUCCUUUGAGGUUUGGAGGCCAGAGGGAGUUCACUGACCAUUAAAACCCUCCAACCAGUGUGUCUUCUUCUCCACUGACCAUGUACCCACAGGGCAGACACCCGGUCCCUCUGCAGCCUGGACAGUCCUUCAAGUUCACCGUGCUGGAGACACUGGACCGUAUUAAGGAGGAGUUCCAGUUCCUCCAGGCUCAGUACCACAGUCUGAAGCUGGAGUGUGAGAAGCUGGCCAGUGAGAAGACGGAGAUGCAGAGACAUUACAUCAUGUACUAUGAGAUGUCCUACGGACUCAACAUUGAGAUGCACAAACAGGCGGAGAUCGUGAAGCGGCUCAGCGCUAUCUGUGCUCAGAUCAUCCCUUUCCUCUCUCAGGAGCACCAGCAGCAGGUGGUGCAGGCUGUGGAGCGGGCUAAACAGGUCACCAUGGCGGAGCUGAAUGCCAUCAUUGGGCAGCAGCAGCUCCAGCAUCUGUCCCACCACACUGCGGGUAUUCCUCUGACCCCCCACCCGUCCGGACUGGCCCUGGGGGGUGGCUCAGGCCUGCUAGCCCUCACCGGAGCACUCGGAGUGUCCGCUCACCUGACCGGCAAAGAUGAGCGCAAUCACCUGGACGCAGAGCACCUCCGAGAGGGUGCGCCCAGCAGGAGUAAAUCGGUGUCAUCAACAGACAGUCAGGCGGUGGAGGAGCGUCAGGGCCCGUCCGGUGUUUAUCCCUCACAGAGCAGCAACGAUGCCAAAAGGAGGCGCUGUGACGACAAAGACGGCCCGUCACAUUACGACAGUGAUGGCGACAAGAGUGAAGACAACCUGGUGGUGGACGUCUCUAAUGAGGAGCCUUCCUCUCCAGUGGGCAGCACCCCCCACUCUCCUCAUGGGAAUGGUUUAGAUAGAGCCCCCAUGCUGAGGAAGGAGCUGCCUCGAUCCCCCAGCCUACCCCCUUCUCACAGCCCCCCCACCCACAGCCCCCCACCGGGCAAGAGCAAGGACCCUACACAGCAGACAGAGAAAUGCCAGUCCCCCUCCUCUAAGUCGGGCAGUAGUUCUCCUUCUCACCGUGAGGCUCUUACCCCUGGACUCCCUGGGCCCAGCACUUCCUGUCUGCGGCUGGUCACCAAAUCUGCCUCCUCCGCAGACCCCCUGGCUUUGCGCAGUCCUCUAUCCAUGACCCCUGCUUCUUACCCAACUCAUUUCGGGGUAGUGUCUCACUCCGGACUGAACGGAGAGCUGGCCAGUCCGGGCAGUUUUGGGGGCUCCCUUACCCUCUCGCCCCAAAUCAGUACUGCAGCCAGUGCCUACACACGCAGCCCCAUGGUGGCGUAUGAAUCGCGCUCUCACCUCAGGCCCUCAGGGCUGUCCUCCUCCCUGCCUGGCUCCAGUGGGGGCAAGCCUGCCUACUCGUUCCACGUGAGUGCGGAUGGGCAGAUGCAGCCGGUGCCCUUCCCUCCUGAUGCCCUCCUGGGCCCUGGCAUCCCUCGCCACGCCCGCCAGAUCCACACCCUCAGCCACGGAGAGGUGGUGUGCGCCGUCACCAUCAGCACCUCCACGCGGCACGUCUACACCGGCGGCAAAGGCUGCGUCAAAGUGUGGGACAUCAGCCAGCCGGGCAGCAAAAGCCCCAUGGCCCAACUGGACUGUCUGAACAGGGACAACUACAUCCGCUCCUGCAAGCUCCUCCCAGAUGGGCGGACAUUGAUAGUUGGAGGGGAAGCCAGCACUCUGUCCAUCUGGGACCUGGCCACGCCCACUCCACGCAUUAAGGCGGAGUUAACGUCCUCCGCUCCAGCUUGCUACGCGCUGGCCAUCAGUCCAGACAACAAGGUGUGCUUCUCGUGCUGCAGCGACGGCAACAUCGUAGUGUGGGACCUGCACAACCAGACGCUCGUCAGGCAGUUCCAGGGCCACACAGACGGAGCCAGCUGUAUCGACAUCUCCAACGACGGGACCAAACUGUGGACGGGGGGUCUGGACAACACAGUGCGCUGCUGGGACCUGAGAGAGGGCCGGCAGCUCCAGCAGCACGACUUCACCUCACAGAUCUUCUCUUUGGGCUACUGUCCUACGGGGGAGUGGCUCGCAGUGGGCAUGGAGAGCAGUAAUGUAGAAGUGCUGCACGUCUCCAAACCAGACAAAUACCAGCUGCACCUGCACGAGAGCUGUGUGCUCUCUCUAAAGUUUGCCUACUGCGGCAAAUGGUUUGUCAGCACGGGAAAAGACAAUCUGUUAAAUGCGUGGAGAACGCCGUAUGGAGCCAGCAUCUUCCAGUCCAAGGAGUCCUCGUCCGUCCUGAGCUGCGACGUCUCCCCCGACGACAAGUACAUCGUCACAGGGUCCGGAGAUAAGAAAGCCACUGUGUAUGAGGUGGUGUACUGAGGCAACAGGAGAGAGGGAGGGAGCGAUGGAUGAAUGGAUGGAAGACAGAAUGAGUGAAAGAAGAGUGGGCAACCAUGGGCAACAACACAUCCUCUUCCCAGACAGUAUUUCCCUGCUCAGUACCCGCAAAUGCACCCACCCACCCCACCUCCACCUACCACACCUCCACCAACCCCAUUCCAUCUCCUCAGAGAGAGAGAGAACGACAGUGAGAGAUAAAGAAUGAGACAGAGAGAGGGAGAAAGAGAGCAGUAGCGAGAGAGGGAGGGUAAUUAGCGCAGUCUCUAGAUGAAGAGCUCAGCAGAGAGGAGAAAAGCCCACAGGAGACAGCGAGCACUUAGGGAGCUGCAGCUCACAGAAAACACACACAUACUAGACAAUCGAUUCAUUAGUCCCAAAAAAAGCCUCCACUGUAACGAGCCCCAACACAAGCAACCCCUCCCACGAAAAACCCAGAGACAGCAGAAUGAGCAAGCUGUGGCCUGGCCUUGGCUGGAUUUUAAACCCAAUUUCCUCCCUAAUUUAGUCAUUGCCUGUUCCCACCGCUAGCCGGGCCCCCCAUCACACAAUAGCUACCAACCUGGGAGGAUAUGAGCGCUAACACGCUGACACAAGCAACGGCGCUGCACAGCUAAACGCGCUUGGUGAACAGUAACAGUGCAUUCGGACACUAAUCAAAUCAGAUGUUUGGAUGUUUGGCACAUCACGAAAUCCAAGCCACCAGUCGUUUGUGGUCUUGCCUCUACACUUAUAGAAAAUAAUAUAAACUACAUAACAAAUAGAAGUGUAGAGGGUGCACUGUUUACUGUUGAUAUGUUUGUUGAGUAGGUAUCUACAAAUACAUAUAUAUAUAUAUAUAUAAAUGUGCAAAAGUUUUAAACACCUGAAAAAAUUGCAGUAAAAAACUCUUUAUAUGAAGUAAAAGUGCGUUCAUUUACUCAGAAAAGCCAAAAUGCCCUGUUAGAAUAACUACAAAUAAGAUUAAUGCGACCCACUAUUAUUUUUAGUUAUAGAAUCAGUGGCUGGUUUGGCUCAUCAGUACUUCAUUAUGGUAAUGAAAUUGAACAAAUCCAUGUGAAAGUUUGGAGGGACAAUUCUAUAAAGUGAUAGUCACAGUGUUGUAGUAGCUGGAACUAACUUAUAUCAAUAGAGCCAUCAAUGAAACUCACUAUUUAAAAGCUGUUUUUUAUUCAGAGGACAAGAAUUACUUGUCCAAAAAAAUCAUCAGCUAGUUGGGGACUAAUGUUUGGUGCCAGACUCCUCCUACACUGACCUCAGCCAUCAUCUUGCCCUGCAAAUUUAGGUUCCUUGGUUCCUGAUGGGGACCUGCUUAUUCAGUAGAGGUAGGUUGUCAGUCAUUUACAAACACUGAAGUGUUUACUGUAUUUAGUCGACCAUAUUGGUGCACUGUUUGCCGGCUUGGUCAACUGUGUUAAAUUGGAAUAUUCUUGCUUGUAAAUCUGGGUAACAAAGAAUUGUGUUUACGAUCUGUAUUUACAGAAAAGUUUGUGGUAAAAUUAGAAAAUCUUCGAGUUCGAUGUCUGAACGUACCACGUCUGUCCAGAUUUUUAUACGUGAGCUAAUCAGCACCUGCACUGUACUGUGCUUAACAAUGAGGGGAGAUGGGAAACAAGGCUGUCCUUCACCACACAGAGCGCAGGACUUAUACUCUUCAGAUUAGAACUAGCGUUCCAGUUAUGAUGUGUUCACAAACACAAUACGCUACUUCCCUAUAUAUUCCAAUUAAAUAUUCAUAUGGUGAUUCCCAGCUGAAUUCUCCAGCCCGCGCUUUAUUUUCAUCUCCCACAAGAGGCUCCCCCAGAGUCUAAUGAGGAGCAGGUUGAUCUCUCAGUGGGUUUCAUGCAGCAAACGCUGAACAGCAGCACUGUUCAUUGUAAUUCCAGUGGCCCAAUAUAUGUACACGGCACUUAACGGCGCUUUACAGUCUGACCACUGGAUCUCACACCACUGCAGAACAUGGUUGGUUGAAGCUCAUGUUUGAUUGAGGCAUAAAACAGAAAAGCAGUUCAGAACUUUGCUUGUAACAGUGCCAGAGAAAUCCACACUCUCCCUGCAGCCAGACUCAGGUUAGCUUCAUGCCCAAGAGGCCCUAGAAUAUACCCCUGUUGUACCUCACAGUUUUAAAGAGCUGUGGUUGCCCACCCAACCUGUGAUGUUUGAAGGAUGAAGUCAAGCGAUCCACGCACCACGAAACCCUGCUGGGAGCAAAUUUUGUUCUUUUGUUUUCUUCAACAUGUUCCGUUUCUUCAACUUUAUCUGAUCUGUGAACCAGAGGGCUUUUCUCGGAAUCGCA